CUUUGGCUUCAGCAGAACCUUUUGAUUUUUGACUUGAUGGGACAUGGUCUCUUAUACUAUAAACAUCAAGAUACUCCCAUUCAGCUCGGUGAAUAAGUACUCAGAAGUGUAGCGCGCUCAAACCACAGAUAGCAAAGUCACAAGGCCGCGACGAAGCUACGAGAACGCGAGGUCGACAUAAUUGCGGCAACCAGAUCGUAACGGAUAGGACAAUCACGUAAGAAAAACAAAAAGUCCCCCCCAUUGAGAUCGCCCGGAGGCUACCAUGGACCGUAACGCGGUCGCGCCAUUCCUUGUAAAGCUCUUCUACAAGGAGGGCGGGCACAAUCGCGUCGACGCUUUCCAUCCUAUCGAACCCACCCCCCCUUACAUCGAGAUAUACACUUGGCUUACGACUACCCUCGAUGAGCUCGCACACGAAGUUACAGAGAGGCUAAAAAGAAUCCUUCCUGACCCAGUUAUUGGCACAAGGUUGGAUUUUGAAUUGGUUUUCCCUGACAUGCGUUCGCAGCCACGAGGUGACGGCUAUGGUUCGUAUCAAAAGAAGCCACUUGGAUCCGUGAUUGUGGGCGCUGGUGGACCUGGUGUACCCGUGGGUGAUGGGGCAGUACAGAGAGGAUCUUACGUUGCCUCAGACGAGAGCAAGACACUAGCUGACGCGAAGUUCGUCAUUGGCGAUUAUAUCGACUGUGCUUUCUAUCCUCCGCUGGCAAAUGGAGACAUAGCGAUACCACAAAGAGGCGUAAUGGGCAGACACGGUCCGCCCCGAGAGAAUGGUUAUUGGUCGGUCUCUAUGGGUUCAAGAAGAGGUGGUCGUAGUAUCGGCAGCGGACUGCCUGCUGGCGAAUGGCGACGAGGGGAUCCCGUACCAUCUACUGGCGGUGGACCCAGCAGAAGAAAUUUUUAUGGUCGGGACUGGUGAUGUUUGGAAAAGGGUCGAAAUUCUGAGCUUUCUGGCGAACUCUGUCUCUGAAAGACAAGAGCCAAACCGACCUAAAACCCAAUUUGUGGUUCUAGUGAUCUUGAGAGCGCGCACGAGUGGUAAAAUCGCCGAGUUAUCACAACCACGUUUGAGGACAUCAAGAUGGUCUCAAAAUUUGACGAGGAAUUUUAUCAUAUUAAGAUCAUGUGUCCCAAGGACGAUCUCUGGAUGAUGCUUUAGGACUUCCUACCUGCAAUUGGUCAGCAUAAAUUGAACCCGCAGGAGAUCAUAUCAAUUGGUACCGCUGAGUACGCUCGACCCCAGAGCUUUCACGUUGCCUCAAAUGCUAAGCAUUUCUUCCUCUCGGCUGUCUGCUUGCUCACCAGCAUAAUUUGUGCGACUCGGUGAAGGGUUUCGCCAAGACUAAGGAUCUGUGGAGGGAAAACACUGCAACACAAUUGGAAGUUUUUCACACUGCGCAAUAUCGCACAUUCUAUGAGGUUCAGCACAUUGUUUCCUCCGCUUGGACUCCUAGCUUCUCGACACGAUGGUCACAUCAAUGCAAGAAUACUGCAUGUUAUAUGGAGCUUCAACCGUGCAGCAUAGUUGACGAUGACGUAUCAUUGGGACAGGAGACCGUCCGAAAUAAUAUAUGCUGCAGACAUCGCUCAUGCAUAGCCUUUCCCACUGCAUCUUGAUUUGAGAUGAAACAUUUGCAUUCUUGACUGCGGGAGAGACUCGCGGAUGAUUCUCUUGCCAAGUGUCAUGUAACAAACAAGCUAUGCAGGGGAGACAAGAAUGUGUUCAGUGAGUAGUGUGCGUACAUCCUUGAGCGAUUGCAAAGUUAGCUUAAUGGUAUUUCACCAAUUGCUGGAGCAUAGAGGCGACUCCGAUGUAUGUCAAUUGAUUAACGAAGCUUCAUUUGGGAAUGCUACCUGCUCAUUCCUUUCCUUAUAG